AUGAUUCAGCCAUACUCAGCUAAUAAACAGGCGUUUCCUUUCCUAACUUCGCUGAAAGGUGUGGCAGGGCGGCCCAACCUGUCUGUGAAAUUCCUGCUCUAACGUCAGCCCUAUCCUUUCAUUCAGUUUUCAACUUUACAGCCAUCAAAAUGUCUGUUUGGGAUGACCUGAACUCGCUUUUAGAUGCCCCCUCCUCACUGACUGUGACAUCUAAUACAAGAGGAACUGUGAAGGAUAAGGCAGAUUUCAAAGCAGAAGAAGAUGUUUCUGCACUAAGGAAGGCCAUAGAGGGUCUUGGUACAACCGAGAAGACAUUAAUUGAGGUGUUAACGCAAAGAAGUAAUGCUCAGCGUCAACUUAUUGCCAGAGCUUAUGAGAAAACCACAGGAAGGAAAUUAAUAGCUGACCUGGAAGGCGACACUCAUGGAGACUUUGAAGACUUGUUGGUAGCUUUGGUAACACCUCCUGCUGCCUAUGACUGCCAUGAAGUCAUCAAAGCUAUAAAGGGGACAGGGACAACAGAAAGUACACUGACAGAAAUCUUUGCUUCAAGAUCCAACAGACAGAUCAAAGCCAUGUCUGAGGUGUACCAGCAAGAAACAGGAAGAUUGAUGACUGAUGAUCUGAAGUCAGAGGUAUCUGGAGAUUCCGGCAAAGCGCUGCUCAUCUUGGCUGAGGGAAAGAGAGACGAGAGCACCAAUGUAGAUGCUGCCAAAGCUAAAGAAGAUGCCAAGACGCUGUAUGAAGCAGGAGAGAAAAAGUGGGGAACUGAUGAGGGGAAGUUCAUUGAUAUACUGUGCCACAGGAGUGUUCCCCAGCUUCGGCAAACUUUGGUAGAGUACAAGAAUAUUAGCAAGAAGACUCUGCAGCAGAGCAUUGAGAGCGAGAUGUCUGGAAACCUGGAGAAACUGCUUGUGACUGUUGUCAUGUGUGUGAAGAACGUUCCUGCAUACUUUGCCGAGAGGCUUCAUGAGAGCAUAAAGGGUGUAGGCACCACAGAGUCCACACUGACCAGGAUACUUGUCAGUCGCUCCGAGAUUGAUUUGAUGGACAUCAAAGCAGAAUACAAGAAACUAUACGGAUGCUCCCUUUACUCCCAGUUAGAGUCUGAGGUGUCGGGGAAUUACGGCGACGCCAUCAAGAGGCUGUGUGGCCAAGAUGACUAACUCUCCACCAGAUCUGUGUUGAGGUGCAGCUUUUUCCAUAAGAAGUAUAACCAGAUGCCAACCUUUGCUGUACCACUGAUUUGUUCAUUUGUAGUCCAAUGAAGGAAGGCACUAACCAAAGGAGUCCUUUAUAAUGUAGAAAAUAUUUGUAAUAUUCAGCUUUAAGAGUUGUCAUUCAUGAUGAUGAAGGACAUGAGAUUUAAUUAACUGCAUACCUUGAAAUUUUUUUUUUUUUUAAAAGUAGUACAGCCAGUAAAAUUUUGGACAAACUUUCCCAUUAAAUCCAACAGGAAAGUGUGUCCAAACUUUUGACUGGUGGUGGAUUUCUUUUGUGUUCCUGUCAUAACACUUAAUAAAAAUGAGUUUAUUUGUGUGUGAAAGAAGAAACGAUUUAACAAAUAUUUAUACAAAAAUAUUUUAUUUAAGGGUUUUAUUUAUGUUGCUGUAUCCAACUCCAACACAGGUCAUCAGAACUUUGUCUCCACCUUUUCUCUCAUCUUCUAAAGGCUUCUGAACCUCGAUCUUAAACAUAACAUGGAAGAAAUCUCUGAUGUGUCUAAGGAACUCGAUCCUGAAAAGAGAAUUUUUAGACAUUUAAUUUUACAUAUGAUCUCAUCAAAAGAAGAGCCACGUUGCUUUGUCAUUAGUCCUUCCAUAUCAUGCACAUUAUAUUCAGUUCUUAAUGCUAACAUUUGAAAACAGGCCCCCGAACAUUUUUUUCCACUUUAAAUUUCUAAACCAAAUAAGAACACUGAUGAUCUUCAAUCUUUAACAUUACCUGAAUAUGAGGAAGAGUGUAUUGUGAUGGCACUGCCAAUCUUCAGUUAUCAUAGUACUGUACUUGAGAGGGACACAGCACCGGUACCAUGAUAACUGAAAAUGGACAGUUCAUAGUUCACUCCUCCAUUCAUGUUGACCGGACAUGGUCUGGAAUAAUGUUUAUCACGCCGUCACCUCCCUUUUAAAUAGAUAGUUUGCAAGUCAGGAAUAUUUGCAUUAUGUCUCUAAAUGGAAAUGACUUGACUUCCCUUUGAGUGGACCAACAACAAUGUAGAUGUUCAUAUCAACAUCCAGCUGGUCCAGUUUGACUAGAGAAGUCAGACUUAUUUACAAUCUGUUGGAUUUUAAAAAAAAAACUUUAAUGUUCCUUUUGUUUAAAUGACUUCUGCUUCAUAGUAACUCAAUCGCAUUUUGGCUUUAUAAAAACACUAGCCUGUCGGCACCUUGUUUACUCCAAGCUACAGCUGUGAUUUUCCAAAAAAAAAAAAAAUAAAAAAAAUAAAAAAUCAUACAAGACAAAUAUAAUCAACAAAAACCCCCCAAAAAAUCUUAAAAAAAAAAAGCUUUAGAAAGAAGACCUUUUGAAAUAUUGUCAUCUGCCUCAGCAUCAACCAGCCGAAUGACUAAACACAACUGAGUGUCUUAGAAUUUUUAUCAAUGUGCUUAUUUAUGAAUGACUAGCUGGUAAAGUUCAGUAGGACAGUGUGUGAGUGGUGCUGAAUGGCUGGGGCUUACGUGUAUGGUGAAAGUGGUCCGAGCAGAACCUUUGACACAUCCUGUUGGCCAAGGGUCAUCAAGAGCAGAGCCAGGCUCUGAUUGGAUGAAUCCACACAGCCGCCCUAUAACAGUCAAAGGAGAGGGGCCAUGUUUUCCAGUUACAAAAACAACAGCAAAGUGCGUCACAGAGGUGGAGAUGUUUAUAAAGACAUGAACCCCUCAACUGUAGACUUGACCAAUUCAGGUCGAGCACUGAUAGUGCUUGGUCCUGUUCCAAAUUAAAUAGAGGGGCGCUCAAAGCUUUACAAUACCUACACAGCUAAUUUAACAAUGUUUUAUUAAUCAGGAUUACAGAAUAUUUAACAUUUAUACAUUUUAAAUCCACAACCACCCCCCUCUGCAAAAAAAAAAAGAAAGAAGAACUACAACAGCAGAUCUAAGUGGCGUUUUUUUUUUUUAACAAACUCAGUUUUCAUUCAUCCUGUCAUUUCUAUUCAUGUUAGUCUUAUUUCACCAGUAUGUUUUAUUUCAUUUUAGAUUUUCUCUCAAUCUCCAGCCACCACUCAGAUACUUCACAUUUCUUUUACAAAUAAGACAUUAAGAGUCCAGAAGAUUCACUCUUUGUAUCCUAAUAAACACAUACCACUGUGAUUACGCAACUAAAGCUAUGCAGAGAAAGUCAUGCCUCGACACACCCAAGAGUAUAUUACAAACGAAAACAGUCAUGGACAGUUUUGGAAAAGACCUCUAGACAUCUCCAACACAGACCUUGUGUAGUGCCACAACUAAAAAGAAUUUUUUUGCGAUGGAUCCAGACACACUAAGUACUUGUAUAGCCCAGUCAUGCACUAUUGUGGCAUCCUGACAGCUUGUCAGCAGAAUUAUGAUUCAAUUACAUAAUCAUAUCAGUGAAUCCAUGUGGAAACUAUUGCAAUACUGUUUGUAUUGUUGAUGAAGCUUUAAUUUUGUUAACUGCAUUCCCUCUAAAACUAUGAAACUCAACAUUAAGCUUCAUAAGCUUCACCUAAUGGCUCAACUUCCAACCCUAAGAAGAAAUACAAUUUCAACCCAACACUAGGAAUUUAAACAUUUUAUGAUUAAACUAAACUAAUUAUUGCAUAUUUUGACACGUGUUCUUUUUCUUUUCUCUGUGCAUUCGUUCAUGUAAACAUUAAACCAGUAUUUUACAUGAAUGAAUUGUUUGCCUACAGUAAAAACUGCACCCAUUAAAAGCUGGAAACUUAACACGGGUACAAAAUUUUAAAACCAUAUUGUGUUUAUAAAACUUACCUUUUUUGGCUUGGAUCAAAGACCAGUUUACUUCAGUUUCCCCUGCACAGGCUUAGCUUAUCCAUUUAACUGUGGUGCAAACUAAGAGAUAUAACCCUGUAAUGCCAUUUCUGACUUCUAUAUCACACCCUGCCAUCAAGAGACGGUUAAGAUGUCCCAAGAGGCACAUGGCUACUUGCAGCCCACAUGUACUCUUGGAAAAGUCCCUUGAAUCCUCUGUGAAAAACAAUCUAUUUUUGAAGACC